UCGGGUUGUAAGUCCACCCUAUGUGCUUGCCUGGGACGACUGUCGGUAUUUAUAUCGUAACACGUGUUUCGACCUGUGUCGGUUGAAGUUUAAAAAAUUAAAAAAAAAAAAACACAAACUGCGAGCUAAAGUAUAUAUCUAAACCGUUUCGCCUAACCAAAAUAUACUUAUGGAGUACUCGUUUGGUUAGAAACUUUAUCUGACAAUUAAGGCCAUGUUGUUGUUUAGUCAAAGACCAGAUCGGUACCUCGUCAUUUGGCUGUUUCAAAUACUGACCGUCAUAUGUGCAGUAUUGACGGACGACCCAAAUUUCGCUGAGCCCAUACCAAACGUAACGGUAUCACUGGGCAGAGACGCAUCCCUGCCAUGUGUAGUCAACAAUCUGGGCACGUACAAGGUUGCAUGGAUUCAUAUAGACCGGCAAAUGAUUUUGACCAUUCACCGUCACGUUAUAGCACGAAUACCCAGGUUUGGUAUUACUCACGACAGCCAAAAAACAUGGUUGUUGCAUGUAAAAGGAGCACAACCCGAGGAUAGAGGAUAUUAUAUGUGUCAAGUAAACACAAACCCCAUGAUUAGUCAAGUCGGAUACCUGAAAGUAGUCGUACCACCGAACAUAAUCGACGAUGAAAGUUCUCCAUCUUCGGUAUCUGUUCGCGAAAACCAAAACCUUUCAUUAACGUGCAAGGCCGAAGGAUCUCCGACGCCGAAAAUUAGCUGGAAACGAGAGGACGGUGGUCACAUAGCAACAGACCGCAAAAGAAAAGGUGUUCCAGUUGAUAAACUUUUUGGCGACACGUUAAAUUUGACAAGAGUCACUAGAGCUGACAUGGGCGCCUAUCUUUGUAUCGCCAGCAACGGAGUGCCGCCGUCAGUAAGCAAACGCAUCAUACUCGACAUUGAAUUUUCACCAAUGAUAUGGGUUCCAAAUCAACUGGUCGGGGCACCAGCUGGCACGGACGUGACCAUUGACUGCCAAACAGAAGCACAUCCGAAAUCGAUAAACUACUGGUCGUUUCGCGAUUCAAAAUCUAUGUUAUUUCAAAACAAAAAGUACGUCACGUCCGAUACAGAAAACAGUUAUCGCAUUCACAUGCGGCUUACUAUAAAAGAUUUAAGCCAAGCGGAUUUCGGCAACUAUAAAUGUAUAUCCAAGAACUCACUCGGCGAGACUGAAGGCUCUAUCAGGCUAUACGAAAUACCGAAGCCUUCUGUAGCACCCAAAAGUUCGUUCGAACCCAACCGAAACAAUAAAGACGUUUUGAAGCCACCAAAAGCACCGGUGGUCCGAAACACGACGGGUCAGUCUGUCCGGGAAAACCGGCAGCAACAGCCACGUCCCAUCAGGCCCACCAUGCCUGCGAAACACGAGGUCUCAGGAAAUUGGGGAUCUAGUGGAUACAGUCGGUCUCAAAUCAUGAUAACGUUAUUGGGCGUGAUCACAUGUUUGUCGUCGUCGCACCACUUUCCAUCAUAAAUGGCUCAAAGUCGUUAAUUUACUAUUAACAUGUUUUUUGUUUCAAAGCAAAUUGUAUUGUAAAAAAAUGAUAUGGUUAUGAAUACUUAAACUACACUUGAUAUAGUUAAUAGUAAAAAUAGUUAUGCGAUUAAAUAAAUUGACAAGUUAGAUAA